CAUCAUUCAGAUCCUUUUCUCUCUUCGGCAAUUCCACCUUCCCACCAUUGCACACUGCACAGUCGCGCAAGGCCCCAAGACCUGAGUCAAGAAACGAGCGAUGAUUCAUUUCUUCCGCUACAAGUGCAUUCCCGAGGAUUCGAUGAGAGCCUGCACGAAUUCUGUGGUAGAUCCUGACACUUAUGAGGCGGAGCAUUGAAACAACAAGUUCCAGGAAUGGGACGAAGAUUGGCGUGCCAAGGCCAUGGCCAUGCCCAUGGAGACAACCGCUUUCGCCUCGUGGAAGUGGUUUCCUGCCUUCGUCAGUCACAUCGUCACUUCCUUCGACGGUUUAGCUUUCCUUCAGAAUCUUCGCCGCGAGCUCCUGUUCAUUGGAAGGACGGAUGGACGCCAGGGCCGUUCCUGGAACCAGGCUGAGACGGCUUUCACCGUGUACAAGGACGAGUGGAUGCCGGUCCUGGCGUUGGAUGUCCAGGAGAAAUCCCGGAGAGCCCUUCGCCCGCCCAACGCGUUUUCCGAGGGUGCCGGGAUCGAGUGCCUGCGCACCGAACAUCAACGGUGCGUAGCACUGAGGGAUGCAGUAGCGGCUAUCAACGUUCCAACGCAGGCCGAGAUCGACGCUUUUGAUGGCAACUUCAGGAUUUAGUUUUCCAUCAACGGAAGCUGCUGAUGAAAGUUGCUGAACUCCCUUGCUUCAAAGUCCGGCAGAUUGCGGACAGCUUCCUGUGCAUACCGGAUCAUCUGUGAGCUGAUCGAGAGGUGAAGAUUUUGGCCCCAUGAAGGCCCUGCGACGGAC